ACACACACAAAUAGCAAAUCAUAAAAACGCAUUAAGCAUAACCUUCUGUUUCAAAAUGAAGGUUUCUCACUCUCUCAUCUCUAUCAUUUCUUUGGUAUUGGUCAUUCCCUUUUCCAAUGCUUAUGAUCCGAGUCCACUCCAAGACUUCUGUGUGGCCGUUGGUAACCUCAACAAUGGUGUUUUUGUGAAUGGUAAGUUCUGUAAGGAUCCCAAGCAAGCGAAGGCAGACGACUUCUUCUACUCAGGUCUCAACAAGGCCGGAAGCACCAAUAAUAAUGUCAAAUCCAACGUCACAACAGUGAAUGUUGAUCAGAUUCCAGGGCUAAACACUAUGGGAAUAUCCUUGGUUCGCAUAGACUAUGCGCCUUAUGGCCAAAACCCGCCUCACACACACCCGCGUGCCACUGAAAUCCUUGUCCUUGUCGAGGGAACGUUAUAUGUUGGGUUUGUCUCUUCUAAUCAAGACAAUAACCGUCUUUUCGCCAAAAUUUUGCACCCCGGUGAUGUGUUCGUGUUCCCCAUAGGGAUGAUUCAUUUUCAAGUGAAUAUCGGGAAGACCCCCGCGGUUGCCUUUGCCGGACUGAGUAGUCAGAAUGCUGGUGUCAUCACCAUUGCAAACACUGUGUUUGGUUCGAAACCUCCCAUUUAUCCAGAAGUUCUGGCUCAGGCAUUUCAGUUAGAUGUCAAUAUCGUCAAAGACCUUGAGGCCAAGUUUGCAUCCAAGAAUUGAGUGUAUGUCUUCUAAGAGUGCUUCUCAUUGUAAGACUUAAAUAAAGUAUAAUACUAUGAAAAUCAGAAAAUGUUAUGCUUAAUAAAAUAAAAAUGAUUUG